AUGGAUCGAACCUCAUCUAGAAGAGUUUCCAUUUCAACCAAGACCAGAAGCCGGAGCCGUUCCGGAUCAAAAACAAAACAUACAACCAGCUUGCAAAAGACAGAGAGUUCCAUGAACAAAAGCAUGCAGUCUCGUUCUCGUUCUCGUUCAACAACCAGAAACAAAUCUCGUGGUAGAAGACCUUCCGCUACCAAGAAGACUUCCCGAUCAAGAUCAAGAUCUAAUUCUGUUGGAACUGCCAAAGAAAUGAGUGUUGAUGUAUCAGCUUCUAGAAUGGCUCCCAAAAGAGCUUCUACAACUGGAAGAAAAUCUCGUUCAAUGAAGAAAGCCAGAUCAAACUCCAAAGAUAGAGCAUCAAGCAGCACAUCUUCCGGAAAGUCAAGAUCAAGCUCUAGAUCUUCAUCUCCAUCCCGCAAGCCAAGAUCGACUUCUCGUAAGCCAAGAUCGACCUCUCGCAAGCCAAGAUCCACGUCUCGCAAAGCCUCUGCUACCCGCAAGUCAAGAUCCACGUCUCGCAAGCCCAGAUCCACCUCUCGCAAAGCCUCCGCUACCCGCAAGUCAAGAUCCACUUCUCGCAAGCCCAGAUCCACCUCUCGCAAGCCCAGAUCCACCUCUCGCAAGUCAAGAUCCACCUCUCGCAAGGCAAGAUCAACUUCUCGCAAUGCUUCCACUACCCGCAAAGCCUCCGCUACCCGCAAGCCAAGAUCGACUUCUCCCUCCGCUACCCGCAAGCCAAGAUCGACCUCUCGCAAGUCCAGAUCGAAUUCUCAAAGGUCUGGAUCAGCCUCUCACAAGUCCAGAUCUUCAUCUCGCAAGCCAAGAUCAACUUCCCCCUCCACUACCCGUAAAGCCUCCACUACUCGCAAAGCCUCCACCACCCGCAAAUCGAGAUCUGUCUCGAAACCAAGAUCAACUUCCCGCAAGCCUCGUUCAGCUUCUCGCAAAUCGAGAUCAACAUCUCGCAAACCGAGAAUGAGCUCCUCGAAGACAAACGCUAUGGUUGCUAGUGAUGAGGACCAAACAAACAUGACUCAUACAUCUAUGAGCGGAAAACGCGCAAGCUCCAGAAGUUCACGAUCGGUAUCUCGCGAAAGUGAUCAACAAGAUAACCAUAUGCAACUCCGUCCCCGUCGUAACCGUGCUUAG